UUUUAUUGAUGCAGUGAUCAUUAGUUCAUGCUUGGAAUAUGCACAGGAUGACGGACAAUAAGGAUUUAGAAGCUGAGAACCACCCCUUGAAGAAUGAAGGCAGAAAAUCACAAGAAAAUCUGAAAAAUCAGUUGAAAAAUGAAGACCAUUUGAAAAGCAAGCCUCUGCAGUCCAGGCUCUCGCGCUGCCGGGCAGUGGCCUUCUUCCUCUCCUUGUUUAUCUGCCUUUCUGUCGUGUUUGUGGUCUCAUUCCUUAUCCCAUGUCCAGCAUCACUUCAGAUGUGGAGGAUUGAUUACAACGCUGCCGUCAUCUACGACUUUCUGACCAUGGAGGACAUAAACAGGGACAGGAUUCAAGAUGUUCUCUUCCUUUAUAAAAACACCAACAGCAGUAACAAUUUCACCAGAUCCUGUGCUGGUGAAGGCUUUUCCACCCCCUGUGCCUUUGUGGCUGCUGUGUCUGGGGCCAAUGGUGAGAUCCUCUGGGAGAGGCCUGUGGCUCAAGACGUGGCCCUGGUGGAGUGUGCUGUGCUGCAGCCGUCAAACAAUGAGGCGUCUUCUACCUGCAUCUUUGUAGGAAGACCUGGUUCUCUCAUUGCAGUUGACCUAUUCACAGGGAACACCCUGUGGAGCCACCCCAGCAACCUCAGCGAGAACACCUCUGUCCUGAGCCCUCUGCUCCAGGUGCCUGAUGUGGAUGGCGAUGCUGUUCCAGACCUGCUGCUCCUCACCCAGGAGGGGAAGAAGGUCAGCGGGGACAUCUAUUCACUCAACACCGGGCACCAGAUUGGCCACAGAGGUGCCCUUGAUGUGAAUGGAGACCAUGGGGCCCUUCUCCACAUCACCUGGACAGGUGCACACUACAUCCUCCUGCCCUGCGUGAGCUUUCUCUGUGGCUGCUCCGUGAAGGGUCUUUAUGAGAAAGUGACCGGGAGAGAUGGCCCGUUUACGAAUGACCCCCUCUGGGAGAACAUGCUCAAUACCUCUGAACACAGGAGGCUUCUGCACAGCUCUGGAGAAGUCCGCCACCUGAUGAACGUCCGAGGGAACACUGGUCAGGACGUGCUCCUUGUGACCUCCGAGGCCUGCGUGCUGCUGGAUGGGCAGGAGCUGACCCCCAGGUGGACCGUCAGUGGAGCCCGGAUCCUGAGAAAACCCAUCCUCGGCCACUACAAACCAGACACCCUCGCUGUGGUCAUUGAAAACGGAACCGGCAUUGACAGACAGAUGCUGUUUCUGGACCUCAGCACUGGGGCUGUCCUAUGGAGCCAGGCCCUCCCAAGCUUCCCCGGCGCCCCGCCAUCUGUCAGCCUGCUGACCACAGACCACCGCUCAGCCUUCUUCUUCUGGGGCCUCCAUGAGUUGAUUGGCACCAGUGUGAUGGAGCCCCGAGAUGCCCAGCACAGCCUGUACAUGUUCCACCCCACCCUGCCCAGUAUCCUGCUGGAGCUGGCCAAUGUGUCUGCCAACGUCGUUGCCUUUGACGUGGUCCUGUUUGAGCCGAAUCGCCAUGCUGCCUAUGUGCUCCUGACAGGCCCUGCAAGCUCCCAUGAGCCUGGCCUGGUCUCCGUGGCCAAGCACAAGGUGCAAGACCUGGUCCCCGGCAGCAGAGUGGUCCGCCUGGGUGAGGGCGGGUCAGAGAGCGACCGGGCCAUCAAGGACCGCUUCUCCCGGCUGAGGUACCUCAGUGCAGCCUAGGCAGCGUCAGCUGGAGCACAGGGAGCCGUCUACUCCCUGCUGCCGCCCUGCUGGCCCCUCCCUCCGGACAGCAUGACCGCCUCCUCGGGAGCUGUGGCCUUACUAGACGUAUUGGGUGGUUGGUGGGAGGGCACACCUGUCCUCCUGGCCCUCCACAGUCUUGCCUACAGCCAGGGGUCAAGGCCAGACUGCCUCCCUGUUGUCUCCCUGGACCACUGGGCAGCGCCCAAUCUCCGUGCCCUCCUUACUACUAGCCUCUCACGGGAGGGGCCACGACGGAGAGGCACGCCACCCCCGCUCAGGCGCUGGUUCCCUUUCUCCUGCUCCUGCACCAGCCCCACCCUCGGGGGGGCGGCGAGCCCUGGAGGCAUCGUGGGAACUGGCGCCUGUGCAGCCCCUCCUAGAACAGAUGGAAGGUGUUGGGUGUGGAGGGAAAAGAAUGGUUCUCAGUUCUGGAG